AUGAACAGGCCUCGCAACCGCCAGCCUCGACCCUCGGGGCAAAACGAGUCUCGGGGAAGAGGCAGAGGAAGAGGAAGAGGAGCAUCAUCCAACUUGGGACAUCGAGCGCCUGGAACGCCCCAGCAAGCUGCCGGCACCGUCCCGACGUUCAAACAGGUUGUGGCUGGUGCCGCUGUUUUCAUCAUCUUAAAAGAAGAUCAACCGACAGGCCGAGAAACUCAGGGCAUCGUGCAAGACGUCCUCACAUCAGGAGACCAUCCGCGCGGGAUCAAGGUCAGGCUGCGCAAUGGCCAAGUCGGCAGAGUGCAGCGACUUGAUGGCGGAUCCUCCGAACCAUCAGCCGGAGCAGCAAUGGCUUCCAGUACGUCGAGCUCGCGAUUCAGCAGCCGGUACACGGAUAUCAGAAAUGAUGAAGAUUUUGACUAUCUCGAGGGACCGCCCCCAAGGAGCUUGGCAGAUUAUAUGCCGGCUUUGGAAGAGCCUGCGGCCAAUGCAUCUUUAGGCGACGAUGGAGGCGCUCGCAUCAUCGAGGACAUGGUUGUCUGUCCAAUCUGCGAGGCGUUUGAGGGAGAUGAGGCUGCUGUUACGCAUCAUCUCGAUCGGGAACACCUGAGUUGAGAGGAACGC